CCCUGAUAUUUCUCUGUGUGAGUGCACUCAUGCAUGCAUACAUGCAUCAGCUGAGGCAUUUGAAGGCUGAAAGUCUGGAGUCAGUCUCAACGGCUAAUUGUGGCGACAGUGCUGAUAGGGCUUCAAUAUUCCAGACCUGGCUGCAGCGUUAUUGCCACACUACUGUUAGAAUCACACUCAUCUCUAUCCUCGGCUUACUAUCUCACUCUCUGACCUUGCAUGAAACUGUCGCAUCGAGAAGACGGGGCCUGCUCGACAGAUGCACAAAAACACAAAGGGGCCAUUCUGACUGAUGUAUUUAUACUGGGAGUGGCGGUAUGCAGGAGGGCAAGUCGGAAACAUUCUCCUUCUCUCAACUCAACGUGGCGCUGAUUUAUGGCCUGUUUGUGUUUUUGCACAGGAGACCCUGACCAGGAUGAGGGCGAGAGGGGAGAAAAGGAAGUAAUAGGAAGUAGAGGGAGGGCCAAGUAGAUAUUUUCUUAUCUUGUGUAACAGACAAAAUAACUUUAUGACCCUUGAAAUACAGAUAUCAACUUCGUUUAAAUCAACUUGAAGGUUUCAAGAAGCAGCGGGACCCGGAGUUCAUCCCAAGGGCCUUCACCUCAUCGAUCACAGCGCUUGUUGUCUUCAAGUCUCAGAACUUUCCCGCACCAUUUCUAUGGCAACAACAUCCAUCUCUAUUUUUACAUCCUUUUUCGACAGUCUAUUCUUGCCUCAAACUGACUUCAAGCUUGGUAUCAGCAAGACUGAGAGAUGCUCUGUCUCCGCUCAAAGAGCCCACCAUCACCACUGACGACACCUCGCCUUCUCCUGCCAAAGAAUUUGGUAACUUGUUUUUCGGCAAGUUCAUCCAGUGCACAUCUCCCUGGAGAGUCUUUCAGUGUGUCUCACUUUAAUUCCCACUUAUACUUUUAGCUUGUAAUGGGUUAGAGACUUAUCAAGUCAAAUCAUGUCGGCGUUGCUCUGCUGACUUUCGGCUCUUUAUCUCUCUCCACUGUCACGACCACUCUGAUAUCACUAAUGUAAUGCCAGGGCUGCUCUUACUUGUGCUUUUAAGAAUGGCUCGUUUUACAGGUGCUCUAUAUAAAGGUAAUACCAGGUACUAUCUCACAUCUGAUAAUCAAUUUGCUCCAGCACAGAAUUCCUUUUAUUUAAUGUGAUUAAAGCCAGCCGUUUGUAGAAAAAAUGAUCCCAGUUAAAGACAACCUGAUCACAUCCAUGGGGCAUUGUGACAAUCAUGGCCGUUCCUUCACCCCAUCCCACGCCUUCCCUGUGCGUGGGUUAUUGUCUGCCACAGUGUCAUUUUUGAUUCUGUCACUGGAAAGCACAAGUCGGGAAGUUUGGGAAUGUUACAACUGUUCUUACAGCUGUAAAAAGGAAUUAAAAUUGGACAACUGAUGACAAGUUCCUCCUGUGAACUAAUGACCAAUAAGUCAUACAUUAACAUUAAGUGUAAUUUCUCUUAAAUUAGAUAAAUGUGAUUAUUUUCUAAUAAAACCAAAUGACCUAAAUACCAUUUGGGAGAGAUUUGAUUAAACAGGAAAGACUAACAGGGGGAGAGGUCAAUUACAGGAUGAAGAAGACAUUAGAAGUGAAGAGCCACCUCUUUGUCCACAGAGAAAUUCUCACCCCCCACCCCCCACCCCACCCCACCCCAAUCAGCUCCACGCUCCACCCCGCCCGCUUGUUCUCUCCCCCAAAAAUAUCUCCAUUGUCAUAACCUGUAACCCACUGCCAUUCCUUUACCCCAUCCCAGCCCCUCCACUUCCUUUUUCUCCCACCCACAGUCCUAACCUCAGAUUGGCGAGCACCAACAGGUGCCUGCCCCACAGGCUUCCCAGUACAAACACAUUCCGCCCUCUCGUCACUCCCAGCACGCACACCCAAUCAGGCCGUGGUUUCACCCAUGGAGCCAUGGUUCCACAAAGGAGAAGAGGAGACGGGAGAGAGAGAGAGGUGCGCGCUGCUGAAGGUGCAAUCUAGCAGUAAAUCCCACUGGAGGUGUGCGUUCGUCUGCCUGGGAGACCUUCAUCCAUGUACAGUAGGUUCCGGGUGGAGGUGCCGGGGGGGUUCAGAGUGUCUGGCCGUAGCGGAGACCGGGGCCUUUGAUUGGCACGUUGAAGUGUAAGAAGAUGUCAUGACUGCCACGAUGGGACAAAUGAAGAUGAAGCUCAACGUGAACCUGCGAAUGAACACGCUUCUCGUCGUGUGCGGCAGCCUUUGCCUCACAUUCACUGGAGCCUCAGAAACAGAGCGGAGGCUGCAUCAGAAGCUAUUUCAGAACUACAACAUGAAAGUCCGACCAGCUCGUUACUGGGAGGAGAAGGUGAUGGUGCGAGUUGGGAUGACCCUUUCUCAGCUCGUCAGCCUGAACGAGAAGAAUGGUGAGAUGACAACCAACGUGUUCAUGAAUCUGGAAUGGACAGACUACAGGUUGUCAUGGACCCCGGAGGAAUAUGACAACAUCAAUGUUUUGAGGAUUCCUCCCAACAAGGUGUGGCGUCCCGACAUCUACCUCAUAAACAAUAACGACGGUCAGUUUGACGUGGCCUUGUACGUCAACGUCUUGGUUUACAGUGAUGGGACCGUCAACUGGCUUCCCCCAGCCAUCUACCGCAGCUCCUGCUCUAUAGAGGUGGCGUACUUCCCGUUUGACUGGCAGAACUGCAGCAUGGUUUUCCGCUCGUACAACUAUGACGCCUCUGAGGUGGACCUGCAGUACUUCCUGGACGAUGGCGGCAAAGAGAUCCAAGAGAUUGUUAUAGAUGACAAUGCUUUCACUGAAAAUGGAGAAUGGGCAAUCUGUCACAAACCCUCGAGGAAGCACGUUAAGGACGACCUAUACGAGGACAUCACUUUCUAUCUCAUCAUAGAGAGGAAGCCUCUUUUCUACAUCAUCAACAUCAUCGUGCCCUGCAUCCUCACCAGCGUGUUGGCCAUAUUUGUCUUCUACCUGCCUCCUGGAGCAGGAGAGAAGAUGACUCUCUCCAUUUCUGUCCUCAUCGCUCUGACCGUCUUCAUGCUGCUGCUGGCUGACAAGGUCCCGGAGACUUCCCUCGGCAUCCCAAUUAUCGUCAACUACGUCAUGUUCACCAUGAUCCUGGUCACCUUCUCUGUCAUCCUGAGCGUAGUCGUCCUCAACCUGCACCACCGGACGCCCAGCACACACAUCAUGCCAAACUGGGUUCGAAAGGCGUUCAUUGACUUCCUGCCCAAGUACAUCGGCAUGACGAGGCCAAACCCUGGGGAACCUCUGUUGAAGGAGGAGUCUAGUGACUAUAACAACACACCUAUCCGAAGCUUCAAUGGACGGCAGCCUGGAGGAGAGUACUUCUUUCGCAAGAUCAACCCUGAUCUCGUCAUUCCCUGGAGAGGCAGGUGUGAGAGCACGGUGCAGCUCCAGCAGCUCCCGAACUCUGACAGCUUCUGUCUGAUCCUCCCUCCCAACCUGAAGUCAGCCAUUGCCGCCGUGACAUACAUGGCUGAGCAGCUGAAGAAGCAAGACACGGACGACACGAUGACAGGAGACUGGCAGUUCAUUGCUCUGGUGGUGGACCGUCUCUUCCUGUGGUUGUUUGUCAUCAUCACCACCCUGGGAACCCUGGCCAUGUUCUUGGACGCCAGUUUCAACUACACUCCUGAUAACCCCUUCCCUUAGAAAACAACACACACACACACACACACACAUACACAGUUGGAGCUUGACACAUUGUUUGGUUGUCACUUGAUUUCUACUUCUUCUCUGUGCUUUUUCUAAAAUCACCACAUCCGACUUACCAUAAAUACCUGCUCCAUAUUUCCGGGUGAGGUCAGGUGUCACUUUACAUAAAGAGAAGUAUACAGACCUGACACACAGCCAACUCUAUAACACAAACCAUGUAUGGAUCUAUAGACGGUAAAUCUAUAUGUGGUAACACUCAAAGGUUUUGCAUCAUGUAUUUAACACGUUGUGAUGUUCUUUAUUUGAGUCUAAAAGCUUGAAAUACAUGUU